UAAAUAAAAUAGAUGAUUAUUAUUAUUAUUAUUAUUAUUAUUAUUAUUAUAAAUUACGCACUGUACACUGUUGACAGUGAAUGCAGCGUGGCCCGGGAGGUGAAAGUGGAGUCACACUCUAUUAUGACACUUUGGUUUCUUUAUACUUUAUAUAUGACUUUAAGGAAGUCCCUGCUUCCCUUUUUACUGGACGCCUCGCUGCAAUCCUGCCCCCGACAAAUUUAGAUUUAUUGAGAAUACCACGGAUUGCCACAUUACUUAUGGAUGAAGGCGAGGCGGACGGAGGGUCUGUGCUGGUUUUAAUGAGCUGACCUCCACCAGUAACUUCUCCCUGUUGAAGUGUUGGAGGCUGGGAGCGUGACGGCUCAGUCUAUUACUGCACUUCCCUCAGAAAACUCUGCUCACAGGCUCCCUGCUGAGACUAGAAUGAACCUGCCGUCCAGAGAGGAAUGUGAGGGGUGGGACCAGGCGCAGGUGGCCUUCUUCAUGAGCAAGAACAAAAUGCAUGAAUGUGCCUCGACUGUAAACAGACUGAAAAUUAAUGGACAAAGACUUUUGAACCUGACUGAAGCUGAGAUCAACAAGUUCAGCCUCAUCCAACAACCGCAGCUUCAGAAGAUCGUUCAAGACAUCAAGAAAAACGACGGCAGCUUGCUGAAUAAACUCAGAAGACUGAAGAGCAAACCACUUCCAAAAGUCCCGGCGAGAGAUUACAGAGAUAACAGAGAAGAUGAUGAAUCAUCUGAACCUGAUUAUGAUAAUGAGAUGUACGAGCCCCGAGAGGAGCAGGACGACAGCUACGAGCCUCCUCCCAGAGGAGUCUUCUCCUCCACCCCCUCCACCUCCUUCCCCCGGGGGGAGUACCUGGACAACUGCCGUAACCGACCCAGCCGGCCGCCCAAACAGCCCCUCCGCCCCGUCAGAGCCUCCAAACAACUGCCCCCAGAGCCCCCCCAGCAGGGCAGCGAUGAGGAAGACUACAUCAACCCAGACUGCAGUAAUGAAGAUGACAACUAUGUAGAACCAUCAGAGAAUCCACCUUCCAAUCCUUUAAUUCACGGUGGCAGCAGAGCAACCAGGGAGCUCCCCAUGCUGCCUCCAGCUCCUCAGCCUCCAGCCAGUCCUGACUUUUAUGAAGUUCCAGACACAGAGGGACACUCAUUAUCUCUAGCAGCAAGCAGACUGUGUCCUCCUAUCCCUCCAUCACAGACGCACUCUCUACCACCGAAGCCCAGCCCCAGGGUGAAUAUGAGGAGCUCUCCGGCUGCUUGUGUCCAAGAGCCCACAGAAGAUGAUGAAUAUGAAGUUUGUGAUCCAGAUGACAGUUCCAGUAAAAGACCGACAGACGGUCCUCCUAAAAUCCUGCCAAAACCUUUACCCAGAGAGAGGUCACCACAUCCGCCUUUAAAGCCGAGGCCAGAUUUAAAACCUCGAGAAUUUGAAAGCCGGACGCUGCCGGGGCUGCAGACGGACCCCAAACCUCCUCCCAAAGGGUUCUCCCUGGACCUGAGACGGCCAAAGAUUCCUCUUCCUCACUUCAUCCCAAACAAACCAGCUGACAGAGGAAGUCUCUUUGCUGAAAAUACGUUUAUAGACCAAGAUAAGGAUGCAGACGUCUUUAUGAAGUCCUGGUACGCCAGCACAUGUGACCGCAAGACUGCUGACGACGUCUUGUGUCGCUCCAACAAAGACGGGGCGUUCAUGGUGAGGAAGAGCUCGGGGCAGGACGCCCAGCAGCCGUACACGCUGGUGGUCUUCUACAAGGAGCGAGUCUACAACAUCCCCAUACGCUUCAUACCGGCCACGCAGCAGUACGCACUGGGCCGCCAGAAGAAGGGCGAGGAGCAUUUCAGCAGCGUGUCCCACAUCAUCGAGAACCACCAGAGGAACCCGCUGGUGCUGAUCGACAGCCAGAGCAACACCAAGGACUCCACCAGGCUGACCUACCCCGUCAGGCCCUGAACGCCCCAAAGACGCCCCAAAGACGCCCCUGAACGCCUCAUGCAUCCCCAGCCUGCUGCGUUCACU